AGCUGUGACCCGGUUCACUGGCUCAGCCACGGCAGCAUGGGGGGAACGCAGUCGCUGGCACUGCCCCUGGGGAAGGGACCCCAUCACGUGGGCUGCACAGAUGUCAUGGUGGGCCACACGCAGCAGGGGCUCUUCCUCCGCCUCUUCUACCCCUGCGUGCCCCGGGCAGGGGCCGAGCAGCCGCUUUGGAUCCCGCGCUAUGAGUACUGCAGCGGGCUGGCCGACUUCGCCCACUGCAGCCGGCGCUGGUGCGCGCCCCUGCUCAACCUCACCAUCGGCUCCUGCAGAGUGCCGGUGAGCUGGAACGGCCCUUUCAAGCCCUGCAGCAGUGGAUACCCACUGAUCAUCUUCUCCCACGGCUUGGGAGCUUUUCGGACCCUGUACUCCUCGGUCUGCUCUGAGUUGGGGUCCUGGGGCUUCGUGGUGGCGGCGCUGGAGCACAGGGACCAUUCUGCCUCCAUGACGUAUUUCUGCACGGCAGAGGCUGGGAGAGAGGAGUGGAUCCCCUACCGACGGGUGCCCCAAGGCCAGAAGGAGUUUUAUUUCCGAAACAAGCAGGUUCAUCAGAGAGCGGAGGAAUGCGUGCGAGUGCUCCGACUCUUCAAGGACAUCAGCAGCGGUAAAUCUGUCACGAACGUCCUUCGCCAGGACUUUGAUCUCUCCGUGCUGCAGGACAGCAUUGAUCUGACCAAAGUCGCCGUCAUGGGCCAUUCCUUCGGUGGGGUGACAGCAGUGCUGGCCUUGGUGAAAGAGCCCAGCUUCAGGUGCGCUGUGGCUCUCGAUGCCUGGAUGUUCCCCCUGGAGAACGUGCUGUACCCGGAGGUGCCCAAGCCUGUGCUCUUCAUCAACACCGAGAAGUUCCAGACACCAGAAAGCAUUGCCAAAAUGAAGAGGCUGAGCUCCAGAAACAGCCAGACAAAGAUUAUAACCAUCCUGAGAUCUGUGCACCAGAGCCAGACCGACUUCACCUUUCUCACCGGGAAGCUCAUCAGCCGCAUCUUCAGCGCGAGGGGGACCCUCGACCCCUACAAGGGUCUGGACAUCACCAGCCGGGCGGCUCUGGCCUUCCUGCAGAGGCAUCUCAACCUGGAAGAGGAGUUCGAUCAAUGGGACAACCUCCUCGAAGGCAUCGGAGACUCGGUUGUUCCAGAAGCACCGUUCUGCCGCUCCAACCUGUAGCCGGCUCCAAGGUCGCUGGCCAGGAGUUGGGUACCAGGAAAGCGGCUGCUGCUUGUCCAAAAUGAGCCAUGCAGGAACCAACAAGGGCAGGACGACCCAUGGGGAGAGCAGGACCUGGGGACAAUGCUCGUAGGACAUCUGGUGGCCGGGGUGCUCAGCGAGCGUGCCAGAAGAGCCCUCCCUGCUCAGGCGCUGCCUGCAGUGGCUGCUGCCUGCAGUGAGGGCUGUGGGGCUAAGGGAAUAAAAUCCCCAGGGACAAAGACCGAGUUGGCUGUCACUUGGGGCCGAGGUGACACCCUUCUUGCACGCAGGGGGGUAGGUAGGCAUCGAUCCCUCGCUGGGCCUGGCUGGAUCUGCUGCAGCUGUGGCACAUCUGGCUGGAGCAGGCAGGAGGAUCGUUCGUCGUGGGUUGGGGGUAGUUCAACCAUGGCUGAAAGAGUCGGCGCAAAGAGAUGCAGCGUCAGGGCUCCAAGCGCAAAGGUAAUGAAAAUCUUAUCAUUGUCCAGGAAUAUUGGCCGGAUUGCUGACUCCAUGCCUAACAUUUGGGGGAAAAAGGAUGGUUUUAAACAAGGGGCUGGCUGGAAGUAUCUCUGAGCACCCCAGCAGCGCAGGGAUGUGAAACGGGGACUGAGAUCAGCCUGGGGACGGAAGGAAAACAGCCCAGCCUGGUUUUGCAGCAUGAAGAGCAACGCUGCUGCCAGCAGGCACGUGCUGGCGGUGGGAAUAAGGCACUUUGGAAGUACCUACAGCACCUUCCUGGGUGACACCGGAGACGUUAGAGAAAGGGUGCUUUUUAAGGGGGGUCCGAUCCCGAAGCAGGGCUGAAACCAGCGGAGCUGCACGGAUCCUCGCUGGCACUGCGGCAGGAGAGGUGGCAGGCAAUCCUGGACACGCCGCCUCGGCAGCUGCGGGGAGCGUCCGGGCUCCUGCCGCACCAUCUGCUUUUGCAUUGUCCCUGCCGUCGCCGGCGCGGCAUUCCUGCUGGGGGACGUGCAGGGGGACGGCCAUGGCACUGGCUUUGCUUCACCUCCUGCCAUCGCAGAGAGAAGCUGCUGCAGAUGAC